UUAAAAAAACAACCCACGAGAUGAUGUCCAUCUGUACUACUUGGGGGUUGUUAUCAAUAUAUAUAUAUAUAUAUUCAGUCGUUUAGUUUACUAAUAUGGCCGAAAUAUACACAAUAUAGAUAUUGAUAGUGUAUCUGCUGUAUAUAGAUGCAUGUAUUAUAUAUACGUUUAGAAUAAAGUAUAUACUAUCUAUAUACUUUGUAAUAGUUUCGAUCGGAACUAUUCUCCCGGCUCCCGCCGUCUAUUAUUUUUUAAUCAGUUGUAAUAUUCUUCAAGUCUUAUAACAUUUAGUCUUACUAUUGGUUGAGAAAACUACUUGUUAAAACUAAUACAAGUAGAGAUAACAUAACCAAACACACAUUAAGAAGAGAAUGGAAAGCAAAGUUGGUGAAGCAUCAAGCGAAUAUCAAGACUUGUUACCGGUGAUGGCGGAGAAGCUGGGCGUGGAUACCUUUGUUAAGGAGCUAAGUGGAGGAUUCCAGCUACUGGCUGACCCGACGAUCCAGUUGAUCACACCCUCUAGUUUGCAAAAAAACUCUGCGCUUUUGGGAAUGGAGGGAAUGAGCAGAGAAGAUGCAGAAGCUAUGGUGAGAGAAGGAGACUUGGAUGGUGAUGGAGCAUUGGAUGAAAAUGAGUUUUGCAUACUCAUGGUCAGACUUAGCCCAGAGAUGAUGCAGGAUGCUGAAACAUGGCUUGAAAAAGCACUCCAACAACAGUUCAACCCCGGCUGCUUCUGAAGGGCUAAGUUCGUCUAAAUACUCUUAAUAUGGUGUGACAUUGUUUAUUUUGAACACGAUCUGUAUUGGUCAUUGAUAGCUCAUUAUCCAUGUAUGAUGCAACAAAUGCAUCAAAUAGUUUAUUUUGAACACGAUCUGUAUUGGUCAUUGAUAGCUCAUUAUCCAUGUAUGAUGCAACAAAUGCAUCAAAAUUGUACUUGUAUGGAUUCCUUGUUCAUAGAUUAAGCUUUGUUAUAGCAGAUGGGAAAUAGAUAUUACCAGAUGAUAACUUAAUUUCAUCAUCCAA